GGGCCGAACCGGUCUUUAUUGCCAUGGAGACUUUGGGUAAACUACAAACAGUGCAAUGCAUUGUGGUUUGAUGUCAUAGCAUAAAAAAGCUCAGGGUCGCCAAAAGAGAGCAGAGACUGGGCGGGGAAGGUGUAAGAGACGAGGGCCGAGGAAAGAACAGAGGAACAUGCCUUACAGAAAGUAUUCCUUCAACUAAGGCACGUUUAAAAGACUUGAAGAAUAUAAUAGAGUAUGACAAUGAGCUCUAGAUAUUAUAUUUGAUUACAUACGUUUAACACACGCGUUUAAUGUAAUCUUGUAGCCUGCUACUCCAUAAAACAAGGCUAUAGGAUCCGGAGCAAGACGUACAUCGGUCUUAAAUUAUUAAGUUGAUAACCGAAUUCAUAUUUUUAUUCCACUUCAUCAGCCUUCCAACACUAAUGCGAACGCCUCUUUCUCCAGCUCUUUAAGGAUCCAUGGUCACAUUCAACCCUCACACAAGACCAAGAGAAUGAAAUGAGCCAAAUGUUUUACUGUAGGAGGAACUGCUGUUGACGAUUGCAUGCCCAUCCAGUAGAUGGCAGUAUGAUCCAUCCAGAUCUGGUGAGCCACUUCCUUUAAGCCCUGAGCCAGAAGAUAACAGCAGCAAGCGUACACAGUCCUGGGAUUCUUACAUGGGAUAUUUCAUCCCCUUUUUAUACAUCAAUGACAAUUCUCGUCAUAACAACCAAGGACAAUGGCAAAUAAGAAGAAAGUAAUAGUAACAGGGUUUGAGCCUUUUGGAAAGCAUGCGGUGAACUCCAGCUGGGUGGCAGUACAGGAACUGGAGCGAUUGGGGCUGGGUGAAGCAGUAGACCUUCAUGUGUGUGAGGUGCCUGUUGAAUACCAGGCUGUUCAGGGCAUACUGCCGUCUCUGUGGAAAGAGCACAAGCCCCAGCUGAUGGUCCAUGUCGGUGUUUCUGGGUUAACCACCACUGUCACUCUGGAGCAGUGCGGCCACAACAAGGGUUACAAGCGCCUGGACAACUGCAGCUUCUGCCCAGCUUCCCAGUGCUGCAUGGACAGCGGCCCCGACUGCAUACACUCUGUCCUGGACAUGGAUACAGUCUGCGGAAGGGUCAAUGACUCCGGCCUCGGGGUCACUAUUUCUGUAUCUAAGGAUGCUGGACGGUAUCUGUGUGACUACACCUACUACACCUCUCUGUACCUGGGGCAGGGCCACUCUGCCUUCAUCCAUGUGCCUCCACUUGGAAAACCCUACAGCAGCCAGGACCUGGGCAGAGCUCUUCAGGCCGCUAUACAGGAGAUGCUGAAACUGCUGGAACUGGAUCACAAACACCACCAGCACUGCAAUCACAAGCACCAACACCAGCAUGAGCACUACUGAGUUCUAGUGCGGGGAGUGAUGACCCGAGAUAGUUCACCGUUAGCUCCAGAAAUUAAUGGCAUGAAUUUCCUGUUGUCUAAACUGGGUGCUUUUAACUGUUAUAUCAAUGCCAAUUGUACAAUUGUGAAGGUUUUUACAAGUUUGACUACAGCAUCUGUUUAUUAUAGACCUGGUCUGGGUCUUUGCAUGAAUGGGUUUGAAUGUGUGUGCAAGAGUAGUGGGCAUCUAUCUGUAAGUGUUCAUGUCUCUACAAUUCUGCCUCUGAUAAGACUGUGAAAUCAUGUGAAAGGGGGAUUUAUCUGACUACAUUAAGAUAGAAUAGUAGUAUUAACAAGGUAGUAGCUGAAACUACAAUUUAUAAAUGGUGAUACAUUGUGGGAACAUUUACGGUUUAAGUCACAUCCUCAUGUUUUACGCUGCCAUUCCCUUGCAUUGGUUCUAUUGCUUGUAUUUGCACCAGAUAAAUGUACAGAUUCACACUUCUAAUGAUUUGUUUGUCUCAGGGAAUAUGUUUCACACACAAUCAAUAUUAAGUAAUUUGAUCAAUUUAAUAUGUCUGUCCUAUGUAUGUUGUGCAGCUUUGCAAGUCAAAGCCAGCUCAAAGCUGAGUAUAAUUAAAACAUUUUUUUAUUUGUCCAUGUCAGUGUGAAAUCUUCAGCAGAAAUAUUGCUCACACUUGUACUGCUUUUGAGUACAUCUAGUUUUAUUUUAACUCAACUAAAAAAGUGUUGUUCAGUGCUUACGAAUGAUUUCAUCAUUUACAAAUGACUUACAGCAUUGAGUAGUUUGACAUGCUUAUGUUGCCUUUUUAAGUUGUCUGAAUUCUGUAAUUCAGGCUUCUUACCAAGUAAGGCCACUGACUGGAGACAACUAAAGACUUGUGGCUAUUGUCCAGAUGAAAAGCCAAGCAAGACAAAAAGAUUUCAGUGAUUCCGGUUGGAUUAGGAUGAAAAGACAACUAAUCUUUGAUUCAGUUUUUUUUAAAGACUUUUGAUGUUAGAAAAGUAUGAUUUUAAGUCUGUGAUUUUCCUAAGACAUUGAGAAUGUUCGUGCAGCGAGGUGUAACACAAAAUAAAGAAACUAUCUAUUGCUU